AAACUUAUUAAAUAGAUGCGUAAGAAAUGAUUGAAAAUGAGGGUGAGGUGGACCUGGCCUCGGGUGACUGUUGUCGCUAUUGUUAUAUGGAGGCGGCUGCUACAAAGCCACUUUUCUACCCAUGUCAUUGUGCUGGAUCAAUGAGAUAUGUUCACCAGGAGUGCCUGGACAGAUGGUUGUCACACAACGACAGGCCCCCCAACUGCGAGGUGUGUGGGCAUCGGUUCCAGUUCCAGCCCAUCUACAAAGAGGACAUGCCCAAACACGUGCCAGUGCGCAUCCUCCUCAGUGGGCUGGGAAGAACGGUGACACGGGGCGUGUGUGACUGGCUGCACUACACACUCGUGGCUGUGGCGUGGCUGCUGGUGGUGCCCCUGUCAGCAUACAGGAUCUACAAGUUCAUUUUCAGCACUGCAGCUAUCGCUGUGCCUGGGGUGGGGGGAGGGGGAGGAGUUGGAGCAGGAGUGGGUAGUAGCAUGGGGUCCCUUCUCUCCCUCACCUGGUCCCUCCUUAGUCCCCACAAUCUCCUCUCAGACGUGUUCUAUGGUGCCUUCAUUGUGUCCGCCAGCAUUGCAGCCUUUGUGGCACUGGUGUGGCUGCGCGAACAGAUCAUCAAUGGAGCUGCGCCGGAUUGGAUGGAGUUGCAUUUGGCAGGUAGACGCAAUGUGGGUGUACAGGCUAACCAUCCUCCUGCUCGUCGUGAAGCAAACAACAACCCCAAUAACAACAACAACAACAAUGUGCCCAACGUGAAUGAGGGGAAUCAACCUGUGCCUCCUGUUCAGAAUGAGGAACUAAAUAAUAACAAUAACAACAACAACAAUAAUCAUAAUAAUAAUAAUAAUAAUAAUGACAAUGUGGAGACAGAGGAGGAGCCACGUGACCAGAGGGAAGAAGAAGAGAGUGGAGGCAGAGACAGAAGUGAGUCGAAUGAGGAAUUGAGACAAGAAAAAGAAGUGGACCGUGAUAGAGGGGGAGACCCAACAGAAGGUGAGAAGUCUCCCGAGAGUGACACACGUGCAGAUGGAGCAGGACCAUCUAGUGGUAGCAACAGCACUGUUGUGGAAAGUGAGCCUCCUAGAGCGAGUAAUGCUGUCAUAAGUAGUGCUCAGUCUGGCACAUCUGACACAGAUACUGGGGUGGACAGUCACCAAAGGAUCGACAAUAGUAGUGAAGAGGAGGGAAGAGUGGAGCUCAAUGCAGUGACUGAUGGUCGAGACGGAGAGGGGCAAGCGGAUGUUGAAGUUGAACGGAGGAGAACUGAAGUCGAGCAACGUUCUAACAGAUUGGACGAGCCGCCGGUUCUGGAUGACAUCGAUGCUGAUGAUGAUGCAGACGGUGGUUCGGAAAACAACAAUGGGGAUCAACACGAGGAGGAGGCUGCAGUUGCUGAAGAUGAACCUGAACCAGAGGAGGUGGAUGGAGCGGAAGUAGCAGAGGCUGGCGGGGACAUGUUCGAACAGGCUGCGGAGGAGCUGACGUGGGACCGGAUGUUGGGUCUGGACGGGAGUCUGGUGUUUGUGGAACAUGUGUUCUGGGUCAUAUCUCUCAAUGGAAUCUUUGUGUUCCUCUUCGCCUAUUGCCCCUACCAUCUGGGCAGAGCUCUGUCCAUUCUUCUUUUGUUACUAUCCCAUUUCUCGGUCCCGCUUCACUCUCACAAUACACAGUCUAACCAGGCGAUGGCGACCACUCCAGUUAGCGCUAACAUUCCACCAGUGCCAGACACAGUUCUCUUGUCAGGACUCAUCGCGGCCUCAUCCGAAGCCACAACGUCGUCUCAAUCCUUUGUAGCUCACACCACAACUACCACAAGCACACGUGCUAUUACAUCUACCAGUACAAUGGCUGCAACAAGUGGCAGUGGUGGCACUACUUCUAGUGAGGGUGGGGGCGAGGGUGGUCCAGUGGAGGCGGUGCUGUUCCUUCUGCUGGGAUAUGUGGCAAUAGCUCUGGGAUCCCUGCUCAUGUAUCUGGCCUGUUCCAUUCUGAACAAACCACAGCUGUCCAAUAUAUUCGGAAUCAUGUACAUCACCAUGAAGGUGGUGCUUCUCAUGGUGGUGGAGAUUGGUCUGUUUCCCCUGCUGGCUGGAGUGUGGAUUGACAUGUGUACUCUGGCUCUGUUCGACGUCCAGUGGGCCCAGAGAGCGGAGGGGUUCACCCAUGCUCCACUCACAUCCCUCUUCAUUCACUGGAUGGUGGGCAUGGUGUUUGUGUUUUACUACGCCUCCUUCAUCAUCACUCUGCGGGAGAUGUUGCGGCCAGGGGUGUUGUGGUUCCUCAGGAACUUCACCGAUCCAGAGUUCAACCCAGUCCACGAGAUGAUCCGACUGCCAAUACUCUCACACGUCAGAAGGUUCUUGCUGUCUGGCACUGUGUUUGGCACGACCUGUCUGCUGUCUCUACUACUGCCAGUGCUCACUAUUAGACGUGUGCUGCCCCACUUCCUCCCCUACCAGAUAUCUCUCGUCACUGACGCCCCUGUCAGCGAACUCUCCAUGGAACUGCUACUCCUCCAGGUCAUUCUACCGGCACUGCUGGACCAGGGUCACAUCCAGGGUGCUGUGAAGUCCUCCAUCCUCUUGUGGACUAAACUGGUCGGAUCACUCCUCGGACUCAGAUCAUACUUGCUAGGAGACAAUGACAGUCCAAUCUUUACAUGGAACCAGCGCAGACGCAAUAACAACAACAGAGCCAAUAUAGAUGCGAAUGAACAGGACGCCAACAUCAACAACAACAACAACAAUGAAGCGGCGGACAAUAACGCAGCUGCAGCUGCAGGAGGGGGUGGGGGUCUUCAGGCGGCUCAUCUGGCUCUGCUGCAAGUGAGUGUGACGACUGGAGAGGACGAGGAGCAGAUCUACCACAGACCUGCUCUGUUCCCACUGCGCAUUGUGGGACUGCUUGGAAUGAGUAUGCUGACUGUGUAUCUGCUCAGUUGUGUGGGCCUCCUCCUGCCCACUGCACUGGGACGAUGCAUCAUGUCCUUGUGGUUUGGGUCUCUGAGGGUGCAUGAGUUGUACACUUGUGCAGUGGGCGUCUACUGCUGCUGGGCCUUGUUGAGGGGCGUGGCCUGUGUCGUCUCCUGGAUGUCUGCCGGAGGAGUGAGGUUGCAAGUCCUCACUCACAAGAUGUGCAAUCUGUUCUACAUUCUAGCCAAGCUGAGUGUGGCGGCCGUUUUCUGCCUGGGUCUCAUUCCGCUGCUGCUGGGUCUGUUCUUCGACCUGCUGGUGGUGAUGCCACUGCGACUCCACCCGGAUCAGACUCCCAUCCUAUUCCUGUGGCAGAGCUGGGCGCUAGGCAUUCUGCACGCCAAGAUAUUCUGUGCUGUCACCCUCAUAGGACCCGACUGGUGGCUGAAGAGUGCGAUGGAACGAGUGGGCAACAGCGCCUUGGCCAAUCUGGACGUCGCAUUCCUUCUGAGACGAAUCGUGAUGCCUGUGGUGGGCGCACUCCUCGUCCUUCUAAGUGUUCCCUACUGCACAGCGUAUGUUGUGGUGCCCCUGGUGCUGAGAUGGUCGUCAUCGGAUGCUCUGCUGCAGAGUCUGAUCUACAGACGCUUCUACCAUUGCCUCCUGCUAGUGUGUUCAGUGGCCCUCUUCUUUCUCUUGCAGCUGAAUCAGAUGAGAAGAGUGUAUACGCGAAUAAAGGACGAGAGAUACCUGAUCGGACAGAGACUGCAGAAUCUGGAGAAACAUAAUGCAACCAACUCCUCCUCCUCUUCCCAACCACAAACCACUCUAAGUUGACCACGCCUAACAGACCUUAUUUUGAACCAGUCUCCAUAUUUUCUCCCUCAAUUUGCAGUAGUCCACAACUAGUGAAACAUUGUUAUCAAUUUGUGCUAGCCACGUAGUAGCGAUUGGCUCACCAGAGUCCAGGCAUCUUUACAAAGAACACUUGACACCAAAACUUGACUUUUAUUGGGGUUUCCAGUGAUGCCCGUUUGUAUUCAGUCCUUAUCAAUCUUCAAUUUAAAAAAAACUCAAAAUUCCCCUGAAAAAGCAGGAUUGAAAUUAUAUGUAUAUGCUUAAAUCCAUACAAGCUCUGAUAUCAUGCAAAUUAGCUCUUAUAUCAAUGAUAUUUGAGCAACCCAAUUAACAGAUCAGAGCUCCUGCCAAGCAUGUUCAUUCUCGCUAUUUUUAGCUAUAAUUUAUUAUCCCAUACAAAGAGCUACGAAUUAAUUGUAUUAAUUAAUGUUUCCUAACUGAGGGAAUUGCAAUUUUCUUUCCUUCA